CGGAUAAAAUGGCGGUGAAUUAUGAACAAAAAUAUAAAGAAAUAUAAAUAGAAAAAGAAAUACAUACAUAUAUUAUGACAAAAACAACAUAAUCCUUUAAAAAAGAAAAAAACGAAACAAAUUGAGAAAUUUUAAACUUUAAUUAUGACCGAAAAUAAGGAUAAAAUUGUCGACAAAGACAAGGAUAACAAAAAUGGCAAAGAGUGUGAAAUGGUAAGAGAAAAGGAUAAAGAAAAAGAUAUACAAGAUGAAGAUGUUCAUCAUUUGGAGAAAACAGCAAAAGAACAAGCAGCAAAAAAUGAACAACAACAUACACAUCCACAGCAUGACAGAGCUCUACACAAAGAUGACUACGGCACACAGCGUGUCUAUAAGAAAACCUCACCCAAUUGCGUUUUAACACUGUACUUACCCUCACGUGAAAUUACCUUGUCUGGCAGUAGUCCCUCCAUAUUGCGUGGCAUUGUAUUUGUUGAUCCAAAGGCCAUACAGGGAUAUCGUGUCUAUGCGCAAUUGACACUUACAUUUCGUUAUGGUCGUGAGGAUGAGGAAGUAAUGGGUUUAAGGUUUUGUAAUGAGGCCAUCAUGUCAUUGCAUCAAAUAUGGCCCAGAAAUGAAGAGCCCAACAAGGAGUCAUUAAGUCCUUUGCAGGAAGCUCUUUUGAAACGUUUAGGCGAUGGCGCCCAUCCCUUUACUCUGACAUUGACAGCUCAAGCACCACCCAGCGUACAACUAGUACCAGCCAAACGUUACUAUGGUGCCCCCAUUGGCACCAGCUACGAUGUUAGAUGUUUUAUUGCUCAAAUUUAA